GCUAUUUGUCUCAUUCUCUACUCUGUUCUCUCCGAAUUAAAUCCCCAACCCUAGAUUCAAAUUGUCGAUUGCUCCGCCAGCAUGGUGAAAUCCACCAGCAUCGAAAUUGAAUUCUCUGUCCGCGACGACACCAUCUCCUUAUGAUCUACUGAUUAUCAUCGCCGGGGGUUGUCUUCUCCGUUGAUUUUCCAUCAGCGCCGGUGGGAAUCCCUAGUCUCUGCAGGAGCAACGGUAUAAUCGUGUGACCACUCUGCGAACAAUUCAAAGAUCUGGCUCACCAGAUUUUCCUUCAAGGUAGCCGACUCUUAUUUCUUGUGCGAUAUCGUGCACGCGAUGUGUGUUUCGAACUCCCAUAAGUGACAUCGCUAGAGCCAUCCUUUGUAGUUGGGCUUCUGGCAGAGAUUGCAGCUGAAAUCAUACGCAUGCAGAGGUUGUGGUGACACGGUUCGCCUCAGCUAUACUAGAAUCCGGUAAUUCUCUUCGUGCAAGGCUUGCUUCUCAAGUGAGCGGCAGAAGAUGCGGUUGCCGACACCACGCGAGGGUUGAUUUGGAUUCGGGGUGGGCAGAGUGGGUGGCGGUCAUGGGCAAGCAUUUCUUACAAAGGGAGACUGAAUUGCAAGUUUUAUGCAGGUGUAGUAGUUUUUUCCUCAUGCAAGUCGUCAAGUUACAACCAUUGCAUGCUAUGUCUCCCAGUGAGACAUCUCGAUUCUAUCCAUGUUGGUGUAUAUGAAUCAACUAGGUUAAUAUCGAAUGCCAAAGUAAGAAUAAAGGCUCUCGAUCCGUGAAGUUUGAGUGUUUCUAUUUUCAGUAUUCUGGUGCUGAAGCAAUUUCGAUCCGUGAAGUUUCCAAAAUCCUACUUCAGAUGGGCAUAAUAGUGUCAAUGUAUUGAUAUUCUUAAUGUACUUUUGCAGGUGCCAUCUAUAAAUCUUGAUGCAUAAUUGAGUUGCAUGACAACAUAAAGGUAACAAUUGAGACUUUUAUUCUUUUUGUUAGAAUUAUUAUCAUCUUUGAAGUUGUGAGCUUGCUAUUAACCAAAAUCUGAAGUCCUUAAGAUCAAUUUUAUUGAGGCUUUUAUUCUUUUCUUAGUUGUCAAGUGCUAAAUACAUUGGAAAUAGAGUUGAUCUUAUGGGAAUUGGAGCAGAGUACUCAAGAACUGAAACUUAGGUAGGCAUUCUCAAACUUGCUUUAGAGAACGAUAGCUUUGCCCUUAUUUCUUUUGUUUUCCUGUUCUUUUGAUUGUAUGAUUUCAAAGUACCUCCUUUGGCUUUUUCCAGGAUGCAGUGGGGAAAUUACAGAAUCUAUCUCCUUGUACUCUAAUUAUUGAUUCGAUUCAAUCAGUUUAACUUAAUGAAGUUGUUGAAAGUCCAGGCGGAUUAACAUAGGUUGGCAAUUUUGUAGUGAAUUGAACUUCAAGAAGCAUAAUAACAAUGAUUAUAAUCUCAUUAGAGUUCAAUUGUUGUUUAUUUUCACUGUCUUUUGUAUGUGACUUCGGUUCUGUGUAAGUUUUUCUCCACUUAGAUUCUAGUUGGUAUUUCAAAGCCUUCAAGUUUAAGUGGGAGAAGUAGCUCCUUAAUUUACCUAAUGUUUAUUGCUUUUGAUCUUAUCUUAUUUAAGUUAGGAAAUUGCCCUCUAUAUAUGAGCUGGUUUCUACUUGCACAGGAUCUUAUCAGGAUUUGUUGUAUUGUAUCACAAUAUGAAUUAACUAGUUAAUUUCUACCCUUUCUCUGCCUCUCUGUUUCUUUCAAGAUGUGCAGAGAAGAAGAACAGCAGCAACCACUAGUCCCUUGCUUGCAACUGCCAACCACAAAAGUGCAUCGGAAUGGGCAACAAAGGACAAUGUUUAUACAAACUCAAAGCACACUGAAUACAUCAUCUCUAAUGUUCUAUCUUGGAGAACCAGUGAUGGAAGUUGGAGUUCAGAUUUUCCAAAUGCUAGUGCAACCAUGACUUCUCAGCUAGCUAAAUCACUGUUUGGUAUUGAUGGUAAGUUUUUAUUAUCAUCCAGUUUCGCUUGCUUUGAUGUGUGAAUUAUACAUCUAGAUGCUCACGCUUUAUGUAAAAUACCAACAAAGCAAUGUUGCGAAUCAGUUUUUAGGAAAAGAAGAAAAGAAAAUAAAUUUCCCAUGUUUGCCUUUUAUGAAAUGAAGCCCUGCGGUAGAGGGGACUUCUGACUUGCUUAGGAAGACUGUGCAGGUGCUUUGUUCCCUUCUACAUAGCUAUGGGAAUGAAAACUAUGAGGUUGUAUGAGCUUGCCUGGAUUAAUACUUAAGCAAUAUUUAAUAUUAUUCUCUCCGUGUUUGUAUUAACUGUUGUAUCGCAUGAUAGAGGCAAGUUGUGUUGUUGAUAACCAUACUUCUCACCUUCUAUUCCUAUUAAGUAUUCAUGAAUUUGGAUUCAUUGCCUAUUUCUUUCCCAUGGUUUGGUCACUUUUCCAGGAACCAUUGUUGCCUUUCCUUUAAUGGGCAGAAAAGGAAGGAAAAACAUGUUGGGCACAAGCUUUUUCGAAAUGGUACCCUUUAGUUUUACUUGUGUAAGUUCUAAUUUCCAACGAAUCGUGUUCUGUUUCUUACUCGUUUCCCUUCCCGACAUUCUUUGUUGCACAAUUAGAUGUUAGCUUGAUGAAAUCCAUGACUGAUUAGUUUAUUAGAUUCUCUUCUGUGUUAACUAAUUGAACUAAAGGUUGUGUAUUAGACAGGUGCUCAUGUUUUUUCUAGAAUUGAGGGACUGAUCAUAUAUGAUAUUUGUUUGGUUUGCCUUGUAACAGGCUAUGAUGAGUUUCAAAAGAAAGCUCAGUUUCAAAAGAAAGCUUAGUUUCAAAAGAAAGCUCUGCAAUGUAUGGCUUGGGCGAUUCAGAAGAAAGCCAAGUUUGAUAUUGUAGAUCUUAAUAACUUAAUUUUUGCUGAAACAUGAUUCCUUUGGUUGUGAGCUGUUUCUUGAUUUUAUAUUUUGUCAAUUUUCUUUUGUAUGAGUAAAGUGUACUGUGAAAGAAGUUGGCAAUUUGUGGCAUGGAUAAUAGAUAAUGUAGACUUUU